AUGGCUAUUGAUCAAGAACAACAACUCUUCCUUGAAGAAGUAGAACAAGUAAAGAAAUGGUGGGCAUCACCACGCUUUGCUCACGUCAAGCGUCCUUAUACUGCUGAAGCUAUUGUAUCCAAGCGUGGUUAUUUCCCUAUUUCUUAUCGAUCUGAUGUUCAAGCCAAGAAGUUAUGGAAGAUCCUCCAAAAUAACAAGGCUAAUGGCACUACUUCCCACACCUUUGGUGCUCUUGAUCCCGUUCAAGUCACUCAAAUGGCUCCUCAUCUUGAUACUGUCUAUGUCUCUGGUUGGCAAUGUUCUUCAACUGCUUCUACCUCUAAUGAGCCUGGUCCUGAUCUUGCUGAUUACCCUAUGGACACUGUUCCCAACAAGGUCGAACACCUUUUCUUUGCCCAACUCUUCCAUGACAGAAAGCAACGUGAAGCUCGUCUUGCAAUGACUCCUGAAGAAAGAGCCAAGACUCCUUUUAUUGACUAUCUCCGUCCUAUCAUCGCUGAUGGUGACACUGGUCAUGGUGGUAUCACUGCUGUGAUGAAGCUUGCAAAGAUGUUUGUUGAGCGUGGCGCUGCUGGUAUGCACGUUGAGGAUCAAUCCCCCUCCACAAAGAAGUGCGGCCAUAUGGCUGGUAAAGUCUUGGUUCCUAUUGGAGAGCACAUCAACCGCUUGGUGGCCAUUCGUGUUCAAUACGAUAUUAUGGGCGUUGAGAAUUUGAUCGUUGCUCGUUCCGAUGCGGAAGCUGCUACUUUAAUCACCAGCAACAUCGAUACCCGUGAUCACGAAUUCAUUGUUGGUACCACCAAUCCAAACAUCGGCGCUUUGGCUGCCGUCAUGAACGAAGCUGAACGUUCUGGCAAGACUGGUGCUGCCCUCCAAGCUGUUGAAGAUGAAUGGAUUGCUAAGGCUGGCCUUAAGCGUUACGGUACUGCUGUUGCUGAUGAAUUGAUCAAGCUUGGCAAGAAGAAGGAAGCACAAGAAUACCUUUCCAAGAUCCACUUCAAGUCUAAUGCAGAAGCUCGUGCAAUUGCAAAGAAUGAAUAUGGCAUUGAUAUCUUUUGGGAUUGGGAUCUUCCCCGUGUCCGUGAAGGUCUUUAUCGUUAUGAAGGUGGUACUGAAGCAGCUACUUCUCGUGCUAUUGCCUUUGCUCCAUAUGCUGAUAUGCUCUGGAUGGAAACCAAGAAGCCCAUCCUUGCUCAAGCCAAGCAAUUCUCUGAAGGCGUCUUAUCUGUUUAUCCUGAGAAAUUCUUAUGCUACAACUUAUCUCCCUCAUUCAAUUGGGAUGCCGCUGGUUUGACUGAUAACGACAUGGGUACUUUUAUUCAACAAUUAGGUAAACUUGGCUUCGUCUGGCAAUUUAUUACUUUGGGUGGCCUUCAUGCCAAUGCCCUUGCUUCUGCUACUUUUGCAAAGAGCUUCAAGGAACAAGGCAUGCUUGGUUAUGUAUCCCAAGUUCAACGCAAGGAACGUGAACACAACGUUGAUGUACUCCAACAUCAAAAAUGGUCAGGUGCAAACUAUGUAGAUGAACUUAUCAAGGUUGUUACAGGUGGUGUAGCAGCCACAGCUGCUAUGGGAAAGGGUGUCACUGAAGAUCAAUUCAAGGCUUAA